GUCAAUAGUCGUAAUGUCAAAUCAUACUGGAUCUAUGCCAAUCAACGCUGCCGCUGGGUUUCAACAGAAGCAGCAACGACUAUUACAGCAACAGAUGAACAUGCAACCUCAGCCCCAGACACAGCUGUUGCAGCAACAACAAAUGUUGCAACAGCUACAGAGUCUACAGUCCAUGGGACUGACUCCAUUACAGAUACAGGCAGUGAUUCAACAGCAACAGCAGCAACUGCAUCAGCAGAUGCAACAAGCCCAACAGAACCAACAGCAGAUGUAUUCGCAAUUACAACCAGCUGUUUCAUUGCCAUCGCUUCAUCAACAGCAAUCCUUGUAUUCUAAUAACAGAUCCGCUAGUCCAGUUGAAUCUGCCAAUAGUGCUGGAAUCAAUAUGGCAGCAACCACCCCUACCAAUACUAGCACAGUAGUCAAUACCAGCAGAAUAGGGUCUAUAUCCAACUUGGCUCCAGUUGCCCAAAAACAAACCUUGGAUCAACUUGUUUCUAUGCAACAGCUCAAGAAUGGUCAGGCAGAUACGGCAGUCAUGAUCCCACAAGUUAAUCACAAUAUUGUUCAAUCGAUUUUGGAUAUCAAUAAGCAGCUGAUUAGAAUUUUGGUCGAAUAUCAGAACAAUGGGUGGAUUGGAGAGCCCGAACAAAAGAUAUAUCAGCAGCGUCUGCAGACAAAUCUGACGUAUUUGGCUACACUGGCCGAUGCGGUUCAAAAAAAUAAACCAGCUGCUCUGGCUGGUCAAACUCCGGAUAUAUCUCAAGUAGAUUACCCUUCAAAGCUUGCACACUUGCAACCAGGACAAGCUAAUACUGCCCAAUCCAUCAAGUCAGAUGCUGAUCUAGCUAAAGGGGUGAAGCAGGAGAAUGCUCAAGGGCCGCUAUCUAGUAAAGUAUCAACGAAUUUACCGGCAUUAUCCGAGCCGGAUAUCGAAUUGGACAAUGCCAAACCUACACAAUCUAUACAACACAAACGUCACAGUGUUCACGAGCCGCAAAGUAUGCCUUUGACAACACCAGCCAUGACACCCAUAAAUCCAGCUGUACCAAUAAUUUCAAAUCUUCCCCAGCUACAGCCUGUUUUAUCGGAAGCACCAACUUCACUACAACCAUAUGUAGUGACUGUAGCCGAGAUGAAGGCGUUGCCCCUGGAUAGAGAUACCUUGAUUGAAUCUGUAGCUCCACCAGUGCUUAUUCUCGAUCCAAAUCAUGGCUCAUCUAAACCGGAUCCAAGUACAUAUAUUCCUGUUCCUCCUUUUUUGGGUGACAGCAACGACUCUAUGACAAACCCAACAAAAACACUACCUGGGUUUAGCGUGCUAGAUGCGAAUGCUGCCCGUGAUAUUCUAAGGCAGCGAUUGAGUGCUCCCGGAGAUAGUGGUCGUGGGGUCGGAAAAUCCAAUUUGGGUGUUGUUGAUAUUGAAGGCGAAUAUCGAGAUAGCGAUGUUGGUGGACUGCGAGAUGGAGGUGUGUAUGCCAAUGUUGUGUCCAACACAGAUACCAUCACUACCUGUGGUGAGUUUCCCAAUGCCACUCGCACCAUUUCUCAUGCAAUGAAUGUUGAAGCAACAUCCGCUUUCGAGGUCGACGCUACUCCUGUACCAGUUGAUCCAGUUUCAAAUACUCGGGAGCAUAUUUUGAUGCCUUCCUCAACCGUGGUUUCAAGCAUGCCAAUCCCUACACCCUCAAACUUGCCAAGCCACAUUAAACAAGCAUUGCUGCCAUCCAUUACUGAUGCAGUUCGUGUCCAAAGGAAUCAUACAUCUGGAGAAACAACCAAUCAGGGAGCCCCUGAUGAAGAGGAAGAUGAUGAUGAUUACAUUCCUGAGCAACAUGAUGUGGAGGAGGACGAGGAAGAAGAUGGUGAAGACAAUGAUGAUAUGCUUGCUACAGAUGGUGUGGAGGAUGAUGCGUGCACAGACCAUAGAGCGAAUGAUUCUAAACCAAGUCUUUUUAGUGACGAGGAUGUGUUUUUCCAGCAUGAGCAAUCACUGUCUCAGCUCAGCCAGCAGCCAGACUAUUCCAACACUCGACAUCAUCUACAGUUUGAUUUAGUCGAGUCUCAAAGUAACACCACUGGAAUGGCUGCACCAAGUCGACCAGCCACUCACUCUGGUCCCAAACUUGCUAUGCAAACCAAUGCAUUUGUGUACGGAAACUCCGACUCUGGAGAGAUAGUUUCUGCUGCUGUCGGUCCAGACAAUCAAUCAAAAGCAACUAGUCAAGACUUUGAAACUCAGGCUGCUCAAGCUAGCUUUGAUAUUUUUGGUGGAGAGACCGACUGGGGAAAAUAG